CUAUCCAAAUCUCUCUUUGUCUCUCUCUCUCUCCCUCUCUCUCUCUCUGGCCUGUGAGAGGAAAAUGAGGAAGCCUUGUUGCGAGAAGAAAGGGACGAUGAACAAAGGAGCGUGGACAAAGCAAGAAGACCAAAAGCUCGUUGACUACAUCCAUAAACAUGGCGAAGGUUGCUGGCGCUCUCUCCCUCAAGCUGCAGGUUUGCUUCGUUGUGGGAAGAGCUGUCGACUGAGAUGGGUCAACUACUUGAGACCAGACCUUAAACGUGGCAACUUCGGCGAGGAUGAAGAAGACCUCAUCAUCAAGCUGCAUGCACUCCUCGGGAACAGGUGGUCCCUCAUUGCCGGAAGAUUACCGGGACGGACGGACAAUGAAGUGAAGAAUUACUGGAACACCCACUUGAGAAAGAAACUCAUGCAGUUGGGAAUUGAUCCAAACAAUCAUCGACCCGGACCUGCUGUCUCUGGUCCGAACAAAUCGCUCGGAUCGAACAAUAGUUCGACAUGCAAAUCCAAGAACUCGCAGGAAGAAGAAGAAGAAGAAGAAGAAGAAGAAGAAGAAGAAGAAGAAGAAGAAGAAGAAGAAGAAGAAGAAGAAGACGUAGGUUCUGUCCUGCAAUGCUCGAGCAAACCCGAGAGCAAUACCAACUUCCUGCCCGACCUGAAUCUCGAACUCACGAUAGGCCCCCCGCCGAUCGAAGAGCAACAACAGUCAUCGCACAUCGAGUCUACUCAACUUAGUUUCUCAAAUCUUUCGGCUAUUGUAAGCUGAUGGCUAAAUUGUUUGGGCACAUUUUGAGAUCAUCUGAUGAGUCUUUUGUUAACAAAACAGUUCGCUCACAGCAAGCACGAGUGGAAACAUGGUAGAAGUAGUUUUUAGCAUAGCUCACUGUCACACCUUACUGUUACGGUUGAAGAUGAAGACCCUUAGUCAAAUCGAAACGUGGACAUAUUGUCCCAUGACGAGUGACGUGUACAGUGACCAAAGUUUCAUCAGUGCUUCGAUUCGAUUGAUGGAUUGGAAGAUGACCGUUCAUGGAGAAUGUAGGAACCCCAUUUUCUUCUU